ACCACAUGUGCUCCUUUUCUUCUUAGCCUUUAAAAGCUUGGCGUUAAACGAUGCACCUGUCAGGAUGGGACAGACCCUGUGCAUAUGUUCCCGUGGCUCCAUCACCAUUGACAACAAGAGAUAUUACUUUGUCCAGAAACUAGACGAAGGAGGGUUCAGUUAUGUCGAUCUGGUAGAGGGGGUAAAAGAUGGGCGCUUCUAUGCCCUGAAGAGGAUCUUGUGCCAUGACCGUGAAGGCCGUCAGGAGGCGCAGACAGAGGUGGAAAUGCACCAGAUGUUUAAUCACCCCAACAUCUUGAGCCUGGUUGCACACACUUUUAUUGAUCGUGGAGGCAAGACCGAAGCUUGGCUACUUCUGCCUUAUAUUCGAAAAGGCAGUCUGUGGUCUGUUUUGGAGAAGCUGAGAGACAAGGGAAACUUGAUGCCUGAAAGACAGAUUUUGCAAAUCUUGCGUGGCAUCUGUUCUGGGCUCAAGGCCAUCCAUGAAAAGGGCUAUGCACACAGAGACAUGAAACCCACAAAUGUGCUUCUAGAUGAGGACGACAGGCCAGUUCUGAUGGACUUGGGCUCUAUGAACCGUGCCAGGAUUGAGGUUAGAGGAAGCAGAGAAGCCAUGACCAUACAGGACUGGGCAGCCCAGCGGUGCACCAUCUCAUACAGGGCUCCUGAACUCUUCAACGUAGAAAGCCACUGCAUUAUAGAUGAGCGCACAGAUAUCUGGUCGCUUGGUUGUGUGCUUUACUGCAUGAUGAUGUUGGAGGGGCCGUACGACAUGAUCUUUCAGAAGGGGGACAGUGUUGCCCUCGCUGUCCAGAAUCCAGUGACCAUCCCACAGUCCUGCAGUUACUCGGAGGGCCUGCAGAUGCUGCUGAGCUCCAUCAUGGUGUCGAAUCCUCAGGAGAGACCAAACAUCCACUGGGUUCUUGACCAGGUGCAGGACCUGCAGAGUCGCAGCCCCAACACCCAAACCAACAUGGUGUGAUCUUGCACGGUGCACUGGAUGUGGGGUCUUGGAAACCUUUGCACACAUAUUCACACCUCUUUUAGCUUGAAAUGUUUUCCUGUAUUUAUUUACCUUAUUUUAAAAAGCCAAGGUACAGACUUUUACUCAGUUUUGAGAGUCUAGCUACUGUAUAAAGAUUCAGGUUUAAUGAUUCCUCCCAACCGGCCUAUCAAAACAGACUUUUUAGUCCUAACAUAAACAGAAAAGCCUUGCAUUAAUUAUGACCCUGCAAUAAAAUGCCUAUGGUAGGUCUCAAAGGUUGCUCAUAGGGAUAAUCCAAUAUUUUGUUAAUAUACAGUAUCUGUCCACUUUCUCUGACAUUUACAUGAGAAGAUGGAUAUCACUACUACUCACAUUUGUCUGUUUAAUUUGCAGCAGCAGCCUAUUAGCUUAGCUUUGCAGGGUAAAUGUCUAACCUGGCUCUGAAAGUGACCUGAGUUCAGUACAUAUCAAACCACAUUCCCUGCCAUGGAGUCAUGGUUCAUUUCCCUCAAUUUCUAUCUCGAUUCCUGAGUUUUUUUUGUGUGUAUUUACACGUUUGCUGUAAUCUUAAAUGUACAUAUGUGCAUGCAGCUCUUCUCCACACCUUCACUCACACUGGGUUUUCUAUUGCUCCUUAUUUGUAAUUCUGCAUUUGAACACACAGAGGUGCUCCACCAUCACAGUCUCUUACGCCGCACAUUGACAUGGUCAUUGACCAUCAUUCUGUCUGUCCCAGUAUUCAGUAGUGAAUGAGCUCUUUGUAAAACACACAAAGACAACUUUAGUGAGAAGAAGUCAAGUGUAACUGUUCCACACAGAAACAAAAGGAAAUUAAAUAUAAAUCAGUGGAAGGAAAACUUGAUUUUAAUAACUUAAUUAUUUUAUUAAGUCAUAUUUAGCUUUUCAGUUUAAUUUUUCUUUUUCUUUUCUUUUUAAAAUAGUUUGAAUUUUUUUUUUCCAUUUCUUCCAUAACUGUUAAAUCUAUGGUUUCCUCUCAUGUGUAAAUAUGCUCUCACAUGAACAUGAAGUUUGACAUAGUAUGUAAUAACAAAAGAAUAAUGGCAUCACAGCGCUGGGAUUUGAGCAAUUGUACUGUAAGUGACUUAUUUGAUUAUGGGAAAUUCUGUUUCAUUUCAUAUUCACUGCACAGUAAAGAAAGCAUCAAUUAUAAAAUA